UUAGGAAACGUUCAUCUAAAAUUACUACACAUGCGCAGAGGUUAUUUGUCGCGAACCUCUGCUUUUGAGGAAAUACAGAUGGUGUAACUCAGAUUCCGAUUUAAAGUGGAUGUUUAAGUUUUACAAAACGCUCAGACCACGACUCUUACAAGUAUGAAAGAACAGAAAAGUCCUGAUCCUGGUGGAGAUUCUCCCAUACUGCAGGAAGGUGUUAUUGCAACAUCAGAUGACCCAUUGGCUAUCGCUGCAACAUUCUCCACAGAUCAGCAAAUCAAGUAUCUUUUCAAAACAGAAGGAACAGGGGGGCAGGUAACGUACCGGGUGAUCCAUUUGGCUGAUGGACAGGUAGAAGGCCAGGCAGAUGGGGCUGCAGCAGUCAGUGUGGUGACUGGGUUUCCUACAGCAACACAGGCAGUGACUCCACCUAUAACCCAGGCUAUGAUCUCUCAAUCUGAGAGUCUAGAGGGAGAGGCAUCUGAAACUCAAUACUACUACCCUGCCACCAUCAGUGACACAAUGGCUGGUGCCAUGGUAACCAAUGUCCACACAGCUGAUUCGAUGCUGUCUCAGCCCACCCCUACAGGCCAACUUUAUGUGAUGAUGUCACCUCAGGAAGUUCUAGCCACAAAUCAGCAGAGUAAGCCUGGAACACCGCGCGGCUCCAGGGAUGACAAGCGGAAGGCUCAACACAAUGAAGUGGAACGCAAACGCAGGGACAAGAUCAACAACUGGAUAGUCCAGCUUUCCAAAACCAUCCCUGACUGUAAUGAGGACGCAACCAAGAAUGGUCAAAGUAAAGGUGGGAUUUUGUCUAAGGCAUGUGACUAUAUCCAGGAGCUACGUCAGAGCAAUUCACGACUAGAAGAUGAGCUUAAUACUGUGUCUAGACUGAGGAUGGACAAUCAGCUUCUCAAGCAAGAGGUGGAAGAGUGGCAAUCAAAGAACCAGAUGAUAAGAACACAAUUAAGACAGCAUGGCAUAGUGGCAGCAUCGAUGGACCCUCAAUGAAGGACUAAAGAUACACCAGAACAUAUCUCCUGUGGUCUUAUCAUGAAUUCUGUUUAAACAGGUUAAUCAUGCAGCCUAUAAUCUGAAAGACUGCAUUUUAAACUGAUUUGCCUAGGUGGUAAAGGAUUUGACAAAGAUCCUGAAAAUUGCCUUGAUUUUUCUUCACUUUCUCAAGUGUUUGACUUCACACACAGCCUUUUAUUAUUUCAGAUUUUCAGGGUGAUUUAUUUUUACUGCACUGAAAUAGUGUAUAAUUGUUGCAUAAUCUGUUUUUAGAUCUGUACAUUUUGUUUUUCAGAACUACUGUAGAGGUGGAUGUUUCUUUUUUUUUCUUUUUUUUAAUUUUAUGUAAUGUGUACAUUUUGGUGCCCUUCAUGGGGUUCUAUUUAGAUAAAAUAUGAUAAACAUUACGACAAUUCAAAUUGGCCAUCAUCUUUCUAUGCCUUUCUAUUCCAACCUCCAUGUGAUAUUCCAUGCUUUCAACAUGCUACUUUAAUGUUUGUUAAGCUUGUAUUUAAUAAAUAUGUCCUCAACCAGUGCCAUCUGACACUUUUAAACAUUUGUCAUUUAGCUUAGAGCAACAAUUUAGAAUAUUGCCUGCAAUUUAAUAGGACAUCCCAUCCAUCAGUAUAUUUCUCUUUUUAUUAAAUCAGUAAUAAUUUACUAUUGUAUGUAGUGGGAUUUGUGGUGCAAUUUCAACUCGGAAUGAAUCCGAACCCACAUGAGCCAAUCUCAAAAAU